AUCCACUGCCAGACGUCCUCGCAGAUUUCUAAAAAGAACAAGAAGUUAGAAGAAAGAAAAAAAAAGCCAUCAUGAGCCAUUCGACUGUCCGCACUUCCUACCGCCGUACUUUUGGUGGUCCUACCACCAUGUCCGCCAUCCCCUCCUACACCUCGUACUCGUCCCGUUACCUGGGCCCGGCUCCGGCCGCUGUGUCCACACGGACUUUCCGGGUCCGCUCCAGUGCUCCAGCUCCAUCGGUCCCUCGCCUCUCCUAUGACAAAGUGGACUUCUCCUUGGCUGAUAGCAUCAACCAGGAGUUCCUCAGUACGCGCAGCAAUGAGAAGCAGGAGCUGCAGGAACUGAACGACCGCUUCGCAAGCUUCAUCGAGAAAGUGCGCUACCUGGAGCAGCAGAAUGCCACGCUCACCCUCGAGCUCAACCAGUAUAAGGGCAAACAGCAGCAAGGGCAGCCAAACCGUGCCAGCCAACUCUGCCAGCAGGAGAUGAGGGAGCUGCGCAGACAGGUUGAUCUCAUUGGAAAGGAGCGAGAUCAGAUCCAGGUGGACAGAGAUAACAUGGCUGAAGAUCUGGCCCUGCUCAAGCAGAGGUUGGAUGAGGAGACUCAGAAAAGACAAGAUGCUGAGAACCAACUGGUCCUGUUCCGUAAGGAUGUGGAUGAUGCCACUCUUUCCCGUUUGGAGCUGGAGAGGAAAAUUGAGUCUCUGAUGGAUGAGAUUGAAUUUCUCAAAAAGAUACAUGAUGAGGAAAUUCAAGAUGUGCAAGUGAGCUAUGAAACCCAUCAGAUGAAGAUGGAGGUCGAGGCCACUGUCCGUCCUGACCUGACCGCGGCUCUGAGAGACAUCAGGGCUCAAUAUGAAAACAUUGCAACCAAGAACAUGCAGGAGUCUGAAGAAUGGUACAAAUCCAAGUUUACUGACCUGACCGACUCUGCCAAGCGCAAUGCUGAUCUCAUGAGACAGGCCAAGCAGGAGGCCAAUGAGUUCAGGAGGCAGAUUCAGAGCCUCAACUGUGAGAUUGAUGCCCUUAAGAGCACGAAUGAGGCUCUGCUGAGGCAGAUGAGGGAAAUGGAGGAUCAGUUUGGAUUGGAGGCUGGAAAUUACCAGGACAACAUCACCCGUCUAGAGGAAGAGAUCCGCCACCUGAAGGACGAAAUGUCCCGUCACCUGAGGGAAUAUCAGGACUUGCUUAAUGUCAAGAUGGCUCUGGACAUUGAGAUAGCCACUUACAGGAAAUUACUAGAAGGAGAGGAAAGCAGAAUUGCUGUUCCUGUCAUGAACAUAACAUCAAUCAGUAUGCGCAAUGGCGAGUAUGAUCUGCCCACUGAUGUUGGACAUGGCAAAAAAGUUGUGAUCAAAACCGUUGAGACCCGUGAUGGAGAGGUGGUGAAGGAGUCCAGGAAGGAGAAAGAUACCCCGAAGGAUGCCAAGGAAUCUAUCUGAGAUGGAGACAGAAUUAAGGAGACAAGAGCAGACGGGCUGGAGUAUAGGAUUCAACAAAAUAAAGAGAAAAAAAACGAAGAAGUUUUAAUGUUUCAGCCUUUAACCUUGUAUUCACUACUGAUGAAAAAAAUAAUGUUGCCAUUCAUUUUGUCUCAAUACUGUGAUCCUGAUUGGGGUGUGUACUAUCACUGCGCAAUGGUGCUAACUUCAUAGCCUUAACCAUAACCUUCAAGCAAACUGUCAUGUAUGCUUUAUAUAUCAUCUUCAUUUACACAAUUUAAUAUAUAACCUGUCAAUAUUUGUCAUGUGAUUACAAAAACAUGGUUUUAGACCGAACAAAGUCAACCAGUCACCUUUUAAACACCAACGGUGGCCUUUAUUCACAGCAAAACAUUUCUACUUUAUCUUUCAUGCAUGUGAAAAGUGCACCCAUAGCAAGGUCAUUAAUAUCCAUUUAUUCUGCUUUCUCUGCAUUUAAUCUUCUGCUCAUUUGCCUCCAUAGUGUAACAUUAUCAAUAGUCAUCAAUUGAUAGUAUUAUUCCUGUAAUGUAAGUACUGUGGCCUCACCGGGCAGCUUCAAAUAGAAUGUGAUUUAGGACAAAUCUAAAUAUCUCAACCCCAUGUAUUUCCAUCUGCGCAAUUGUCCAUGAUUAUAGCAGCCUUACUGAGAAUGAAAACAAGCAACGUUGAUGGGAAUGUGGACAAGAAUAAAGCCAAGUAAAAGA